AUUCAGUAUGAAAAGUUGGUUGAACGAGAACAGUUGACUUAACAUAAAGCGGAAUAGUUAUUUAAUACGCAUUUAAAAUGCACAAGUAUCGCUUUUGUGAACUACUUGCCAUUAGCAUUCUUUUAUUUCAAAUGGGUAAAAUUAUGGCUUCGCAAAUUCAAAAUGGCUGCUCUGCAGAUCAAUUCAAAUGCAGAAAUGGCGAAUGUAUACCUGCUACUUUGAUGUGCGAUCUUAAAAAAGAUUGUAUGGAUGGUAGUGAUGAAUCAUUUGAGGCGUGUCAUGAAAUGAGUUGCACUGCAUAUAAAUGCUCAUAUGGUGCCUGCUACAGCGAUGAGCAAUAUUGUAAUGGUCAUCGCGAUUGUUGGGACGGUACAGAUGAAUUUAAGUUCAAUUGUGCAGAAAAUCCAAGUUAUCGAAAUCAACUGAUGGGCGAUUGUCGUAAAGAGGCUUAUGCGGAGUUUCAAUGCCAGAGAUCCAAGGAAUGUAUACGUUAUACUCAAUUAUGCGAUGGAACUGAGAACUGUAGGGAUGGGUCAGAUGAGUCUAAUGAAUUAUGCGUUGGAAAGCAAUGUGGGAAAGAAUCCUUUCGCUGUUCCUACGGAGCCUGCAUUGCAAGAACAGCUGCUUGUGAUCAUAACAUUGAUUGUCGCGAUAGUUCGGAUGAGUUGGCCCCUAUUUGCAAUAAAUGGAAUAAAAAACCGUUGGAAAUUGAAUGGUCUAUAAUCCGAUGGCAUAUUACAAAUGCUUCCGUUCCUAAUAGACCCGAAAUUGAAAUACUUACAACUAAGACUCCAGAUCUAUUAGGCAAUGAAAAAAACUGCAGUGUGCCAUCUAAUAACAAUGUCAUCCAUUUGAAAAGCAUGUCCGCAGCAAUGCCUUACAUCACAGGUAAUCCAGUGCCCCAUGGGAUGUCGGUUCGUCUCUCUUGCAGCGAGGGAUAUGGGCUAAUAGGUUCCGAUGUAAAUACAUGUGAUAAAGGCAAAUGGAGGCCAUCCCGGUCUGUAUGUAUUAAGACCUGCCAACGUCACAUAAUCAUUAACGAUCCCAGCAUUGAAGCGACUUGCAUCUUCGAUGGACAGGUCAAAGAUUGUGCAAAAGAUCCACUUUAUGUUAACACAGAAGUAGAAUCUCAUUGUGCUACUGGAUAUAAGCCUGAUCGUUGGAGCGGAAAUCGUUCGAGCGGAAAUCAAAUUUGUGACACUACUGGCUUGUGGCAAAGUAAACCUCUCAGUUCUCAUACCUUCAAAUGUAAACCUGAUUGCGGCAAGACUUUUAGCACAGUCCAAGGUCAUCCGUGGAUUGUCAGCAUUUAUAAACAUACCCACAAUGAGGUUUACGAAUUUAUGUGCCUAGGCACAAUAGUAGAUCCGAGAUAUGUGCUUACUGCUGCCAGUUGCUUCGCUUCAAGUCCCCCCGCUCACGCAAUACUGAUUGUGCUGGGCAAUCAUACAAUUGGCUUUAACAAGGCUGAUGAGAACGGUUUCGAUACAAAGACGAUUUCUCAUAUUUAUACUGGCAGAAAUCCUACGGUGAUACUCGAAAUGAUAAAUCCUUUCAAACUGUCUGCCAAUAUUCGUCCCAUUUGCUUGGGUAAUAUUGCUCAAAAUCUCAUAAAUAAUAAUAUUAAGGAUAACGUGUUGCCUGGAACGCCGUUGGAAUAUUAUAAUUCAACUUCACAAACUUACACGCUGACGCAUAUUGCUAAUAACAAUACAAAUUUUAUUGAUCUCAGAGGCAUCAGUAAUAAGAUAAAAACACAUUUAAGGCGGUAUGAAUUAAAAAAUAGGCUUUUAGCAUUUUCUAGUCAGUCUUUAAAUCACCACUAUUUGUUGGCUUCACAAAUUCAAAAUGGCUGCUCUGAAGAUCAAUUCAAAUGCAGAAAUGGCGAUUGUAUACCUGCUACUUUGAUGUGCGAUCUUAAUAACGAUUGUAUGGAUGGUAGUGAUGAAUCAUUUGCGGCGUGUCAUGACAUGAAUUGCACUGCAAAUAAAUGCUCAUAUGGUGGCUGCUACAGCGAUGAGCAAUAUUGUAAUGGUCAUCGCGAUUGUUGGGACGGUACAGAUGAAUUUAAGUUCAAUUGUGAAAAAAAUCAUAAUCAAUUGAUGGGCGAUUGUAAUAAAGAGGCUUAUGCGGAGUUUCAAUGCCAGAGAUCCAAGGAAUGUAUACGUUAUACUCAAUUAUGCGAUGGAACUGAGAACUGUAGGGAUGGGUCAGAUGAGUCUAAUGAAUUAUGCGUUGGAAAGCAAUGUGGGAAAGAAUCCUUUCGCUGCUCCUACGGAGCCUGCAUUGCAAAAACAGCUGCUUGUGAUCAUAACAUUGAUUGUCGUGAUAGUUCGGAUGAGUUGGCCCCUAUUUGCAAUAAAUGGAAUAAAAAACCGUUGGAAAUUGAAUGGUCUAUAUCCCGAUGGCAGAUUACAAAUGCUUCCGUUCCUAAUAGACCCGAAAUUGAAAUACUUACAACUAAGACUCCAGAUCUAUUAGGCAAUGAAGAAAGCUGCAGUGUGCCAUCUAGUAACAAUGUCAUAUAUUUGACAAGCAUGUACAAUGCAAUGCCUUACAUCAAUGGUAAUCCAGUGCCCCAUGGGAUGUCGGUUCGCCUCUCAUGCGCAAAGGAAUAUGGCCUAAUAGGUGACGAUGUAAAUACAUGUGAUAAGGGCAAAUGGAGGGCAUCCUGGGCUGAAUGUAUUAAGACCUGCGAACGUCACAAGAUCAUUAACGAUCCCAGCAUUGAAGCGACUUGCAUCUUCGAUGGACAGGUCAAAGAUUGUGCAAAAGAUCCACUUUAUGUUCUCACAGAAGUAGAAUCUAAUUGUGCUACUGGAUAUAAGCCUAAUAAUAAUACUCUUUCGAGAGGAAAUCAAAUUUGUGACAUUACUGGCUCGUGGCAACGUAAACCUCUCAGUUCUCCUACCUUCAAAUGUAAACCUGAUUGCGGCAAGCUUUUUAGCACAGUCCAAGGUCAUCCGUGGAUUGUCAGCAUUUACAAAUAUAUCCACAAUGAGGUUUACGAAUUUAUGUGCCUAGGCACAAUAGUAGAUCCGAGAUAUGUGAUUACUGCUGUCAGUUGCUUCGAUUCAAGUCUCCCCGCUCACGCAAUACUGAUUGUGCUGGGCAAUCAUACAAUUGGCUUUAACAAGGCUGAUGAGAACGGUUUCGAUACAAAGACGAUUUCUCAUAUUUAUACUCGCAGAAAUCCUACGGUGAUACUCCAAAUGAUAAAUCCUUUCAAACUCUCUGCCAAUAUUCGUCCCAUUUGCUUGGGUAAUAUUGCGCAAAAUCUCAUAAAUAAUAAUACUGCGGAUAACGUGUUGCCUGGAACGCCGUUAGAAUAUUAUAAUUCAACUUCACAAACUUACUCGCUGACGCAUAUUGCUAAUAACAAAACAAAUUUUAUUGAUCUCAGAGGCAUCAGUAAAAAGUUAGAACAUGAUUUAAAGCGGUAUGAAAUAAAAAAUAGGCUUUUGUAAAGUGAAUUAACAACCAAUGUAUUGAGUUUAAUAAAUAUAUAUGUAUG